UUGCAACAACGCCUGAUUUACCCUAGCCUAUUUCUGGCGAUAGUGUGUCAGUGGGCGCAAAGCAACGCGCACGCUCGGAAGGGAGGCCCCGCCAAAUAAGGAAAGUCCCAAUGCGCAUGUCCGGUACUCUGAAAUGAGAUCCAAAUCGCGAGAGACAUCUGUGCAGUGAACAUCAUGUGCGGCUCAUAAUCAACCUCAAAACAUAUCUGUGGUAAACGGGCAGAUUUUCUGCGGCUCCCCGUCUCCCCGCACUCUCAUCUGGGAGCCCUGGGCCAUGUCUGAGGAGGACUAUGGGCGCUUUGUGGACUGGGACCAGAUGGGCGAUCUGGCCAAGAGCGGCGAGCCAAGCAAGCUGGACUGCAGGGACCCGCGCGAGCUGAAGAGGCUGGCCAGGCAGGGCUACUGGUCCAAGAACCACAAGCUGCGGGCCCAGGUCUACCAGCAGCUGAUCAAGGCUGUGCCGUGUCGCACCGUCACGCCCGACGCCGCCGUUUACCGCGACAUUGUGGACAGCGUCGCCGGCAAGAAGGCCCCCACCAGCAUCCCCUUGCCGGAGAUUGUAGAUGGCACCCCCGUGCCCAAGUACUGCCUGAAGGCGGAGGGGGUGGGGGCGGCCCACAAGAUAAUGUCGUGCGUGGCCAGCCAGUUCCCGGACAUCUCGCACUGCCCGGCGUUGCCCGCGGUGACGGCCCUGCUGCUGCACUUCAGCCCCGACGAGGCGCACUGCUUCGAGCAGGUGUGCCGCCUGCUGGCCUGCAACGAGCCGGGCCGCCGCAUGCUGGACCAGACCUUCCUGGCCUACGAGUCGUCCUGCAUGACCUUCGGUGACCUGGCCAACAAGUACUGCCCCGCAGCGCACAAGCUGAUAGUGGCCACUGCGCAGGAUGUGCUGGAGGUCUACUCCGACUGGAUGAGCUGGGUGCUGGGAGACCUGCCCUUCUCCCACGCGGCCAGGGUGCUGGACAUCUUCCUGGUGGAGGGCUACAAGGUGCUAUACCGCGUGGCCCUGGCCCUCCUCAAGUUCUACCGCAAGCAGAAGGCCGGCCAGCAGCUGUCUUCCGGCCAGGACACGGCGGGGGUCCGGGGGAGCAUCCAGGCCUUCGUCCAGGGUGUCGGCUCCUUCGUUUCCCCGGACAAGCUGCUGGAGAAGGCCUUCGCCAUCCGCCUCUUCAGCCGCAAGCAGAUCACGCUGCUGCAGCUCACCAACGAGAAGUCCCUGCAGCAGAAGGGCAUCACCGUCAAACAGAGAAGGCGGAACGUGCAGCUGGCGGUGAACGCGGAGAACUUCUCCUCCGAGAUUGUCAGCGCUAAGGAGAUGCGGGACAUCUGGUCCUGGAUCCCAGAGCGCUUUGCCCUGUGCCAGCCCCAGCUCCUCUUCACCACAGCCAACCACGGCUGCAGCCUCAACAGGUUCUACUCGCACUGUGAAGGCUAUGAACCCACUCUGCUGCUCAUCAAGACCACAGAUGCAGAGGUGUGCGGCGCCUAUCUGUCAACCGACUGGGAGGAGCGCAAGCGGGGCGGGAGCAAGCUCAGCUUCUUCGGGACAGGGGAGUGCUUCGUGUUCAGGCUGAAGCCCGAGAUGGAGAGGUACGAGUGGGUGGUGAUACGGCACCCCGAGCUGGCCUCUGCCAUCCAGGCCAAAAGCGAGGAGUCCUCGGAGGAUGGGGCGCCCGCCCAGCCCCAAAACUCCGCCACAAGCGCCCUCCCCGUGGCCGAGUCCGGGGCCGACCCCUCCGACCGCCUCUCGCCCUUCCUCUCCGCGCGACACUUCCACCUCAACUCCAGGAACACCUCCAUGUUCAUGGCCGGAAACAUGGAGUCCAUCAUAGUGGGAGGGGGCGACGGCAACGCCUUGUACAUUGACGCAGAGCUGAACCACGGCCGCACCGCGCACUGCACUACGUUCGACAAUCCGCCGCUGUGCACCGAGAACUUCCAGAUCGCCCUGCUGGAGGUGUGGGGCUUCCAGGACGCCAUGAGCUCCUAACGGGGGUCGAGAUGCAGCCCGACACUCUGGGGCUAGGCGGGAGAGCAUCUGGGAACUGAUGCAUUUAUAGGGAGAGUCCAGGGCUACGAUGUAUCACGUGAUUUGUCGUAGUCUUAUAUCUUUAUUAAGAAACAAGCAAGCACCAUAUCCAUAUGCAUUUGUAUCAUAAUUAGCAAAAAAAAAAGUAUUGUUUACAUUUUUUUACGGAAUUGUAUUAGUGAAAUCAGUAAUGCAGUAUUUCUUUUUUAUUGUUUGCUUGGAGGGUACAAACUUUGACAGUGAUAGCAUAAUUAUAAGUUACCGUUGUAGCUACGCAUUGUUCCUUUGCGCAUUUACACUAAAUUCUAUUUUUCCUGUUUUUAUAUGCAGUAUCCACUGUAAUUACACAUUUUUCUUAGCGGAACCCUGUAGAGCUUUAUGUUUCUUUUAGCAAAUUGGCUGCAUACCAUUUGCCAAAGACCAGCACUAGGUAUAGAAUGAAACCGUAAAAGUUGUCAAUCCAGCAAUCUUUGGUGCUUUUAGUAUAGCAUAUAUGAUAAAAUAUUGGUUGUUCGGUGGAGGAAAUUGUUUGUUUUUCUCUGUAAUGUGUGUUGUGUUUGUACAUAGUCAAUGGAAUCAGAUGAGGGUUGUCCUGAAAAAGAAUUGCUGCACCUUUAAUGGAGACACAUUGAUUUGUGGGGGAAAAAAGGAAUUUAUCGUGAUUCUGUCAGCAAGUUGUUUUAAUUGGAGCUCAAAAUUCUUGUGAAUAUUACUGAUAAAAGAGGAUGUUUGAAAAUUUAUUCAGGCAAUAUUUGGAAGGUGUCAAACAGUCACCAAGUGAAUGCCCAUUACUCUGAACCAAGUAUUCAGCCUAAUACUCAUUUUAUAAUUCUACAUUAACAGUAUGAAGGGUGUAUCUCAAGCACAAUUUCUGCUUUUACUUCCUUUGUCCUACUUAUCAAGGACCAAAAUAGUCAAUGUUGUGUAAUAGUACAUAGACAUCUACAGAUUCUGUUUUAGUGAAUGUAUUGUCCUCUGUAUGUGGUUCUUUAUAUGUGGUUUUUUGUAAUAUUGCACAUAACAAAGUGUACAAUUGAGACUGAAACAAGUUGUAGUACCAGAGCUGAUAUUUUUGUGCAGAGUGAAUACUUUUCAUUAAUUAAGCUUAUAUUUUUCAUUUAAAGUGUUUAUGGUUCUGGUGAAGAAUUCCAUAUCAGCACUGAACUUGCACUUACACUAAGAUUUAUUCUGCAGUUUGUUAGAAGACAUGCUUAUCCAGAGUGAUUUAACUGAAUACUAAAAGGUUUUGGCAACAAACGCCUGAUGCUAAUAUUAAAUCGCAGUGCUGUUACACGGUGUUGAUCGUCACUGUAAUGCCAGCAGGUUGUCUAAACCGAAGAAAUGACUUGAAAUUAUUUGAUUGAGUAUUGGGGAAUUAACAGAUGGUGACUAGAUUGGUGACUUGGUUGUGUAUCAAUGUAUUGUGUCAUGUUUUGUUAAAAAUGUGCCGCAGUGAAGUGAGAAAUUAUAGAUCAGUAUUUAAAAAACAAA